GCCACAGUGAAAGAAGCUAGCCUGGUCUUCUCUUCAUCCGCACAUGCGUACAUGAUAUAUGUAGAGAGGGAGAGAGAGAGGGAGAGGGAGACUGAGACGUAUUGUUUCUGGUUCUGUUUUAUGUUUUGGAAUGUAAUCUUCUCUCUCCAAGGACGUCAAAGUUGUAGCCUUUUGGGAACAAGGAAAACAAGAGCCUAUUCGUAGCAUAGGUAGUUUAAGGGGCUUUCCACAUUCUAGAGCUAAGUUUGAAUCGUACUUAAAUAUUGCGGUGUUGCAGAGCUUUCCUAGAAACUGGAGUGCUAUAUAUGGAUGGUAAUCGAAGGAUCAGCCUCGUUUGACACCUAUUUUACGGUUCUUUCUUGCUUUAUGUAGUUAGUUUGUGCAUUCCCUCUGGAGAUGCUUCAGGCUUGCAUUUCUCUGAACUGGAUCUCGUUUCAUGAGUUCGCUACUGAAAUUUCUGCUCAAACUCAUACUGACAAGUUCCGAAAGCUUGGGUAGAGGUCAGGAAAUCUGGUGGCGCCAUUGAAUAGAGAUUUCGCGUGAGUGAGAGGAAUCUGCGUAAAAUGGCUGAAGAAGGAGAAGAACGAUCAUUGGCGUUAACCCCGACGUGGUCUGUUGCUUCUGUAUUAACGAUUUUUGUUGCUGUUUCCUUGCUUGUGGAGCGAUUAAUUCACCGCCUAAGUAAUUGGUUGCGGAAAACAAAUAGGAAGCCUUUGCUUGAAGCUGUGGAGAAAAUGAAAGAAGAGUUGAUGCUUCUAGGCUUCAUAUCUCUCCUUCUCACGGCUACCUCAAGUAUUAUAUCAAAUAUUUGCAUCCCCUCUAAGUUCUAUGACAGUGCAUUUACUCCUUGCACAAAGUCUGAGGUUCAGGAGGAAACUGAGGGUGAUGUUUCACAGGACCGUAAACUUUUGUCGGCUUUAGCUCUUCCUCACUCAUUGAGGAGAAUGUUGAAUGGAUUGAAUCAGAACACCUGCAAGGAGGGUCAUGAACCAUUUGUUUCAUAUGAAGGUCUUGAGCAAUUACAUCGGUUCAUCUUUGUCAUGGCUGUGACACAUGUGUCUUACAGCUGCUUAACAAUGCUUCUGGCAAUUGUGAAGAUCCACAGUUGGAGGGGAUGGGAGGAUGAGGCUCAUGUGGAUCGACAUGAUUCUUUAACUGAAGUCACAAGAGAGCUGACAGUGCGAAGGCAAUCAACCUUUGUUAAAUUUCAUACAACAACCCCCUUUACCAUGAAUAGUUUCCAUAUUUGGGUGAUCUGUUUCUUCCGUCAAUUCAGGAAUUCUGUUGUUCGUGCUGACUACCUUACACUCAGGAAGGCUUUCAUCAUGAACCACAACCUUACAUCAAAAUAUGAUUUUCACAGUUACAUGAUCCGCUCUAUGGAAGAAGAAUUUCAAAUGAUUGUGGGUGUGAGUGGCCCACUGUGGGGAUUUGUUGUGGCUUUUAUGCUCUUUAAUGUGAAAGGGUCUAAUCUUUAUUUCUGGAUAGCCAUCAUUCCCAUUACUCUUGUUCUUCUGGUGGGUGCUAAGUUGCAAAAUGUCAUUGCUACCUUGACAUUGGAGAGUGCUGGAAUAAGUGGAGCCUUUGCUGGAGGAGAGUUAAAGCCUCGAGAUGAGCUCUUCUGGUUUAAAAAACCAGAACUUUUGUUAUCCUUGAUCCACUUUGUUCUGUUCCAGAAUGCAUUUGAGCUGGCUUCAUUUUUAUGGUUCUGGUGGCAAUUUGGAUAUAAUUCUUGCUUCAUCAGGAACCAUUUGCUUGUGUAUCUGCGGCUGAUACUGGGAUUUGCUGGACAGUUCCUUUGCAGCUACAGCACCUUGCCAUUAUAUGCUCUGGUCACUCAGAUGGGAACAAAUUACAAGGCAGCCUUAAUUCCACAGAGAAUAAGAGAGACUAUCCAUGGAUGGGGGAUGGCAGCUAGGAGGAGAAAACGAAGGCUAGGAAUUUACACCGAUGAUUCAACCAUACAUACAGACACAAGCACGGUAAUGUCAGUUGAGGAAGACGAUCGCCAGCUUCUUGAUAGCCCUCGAGCACCUCAUGGUGCCGCUGCAGAAAUAGAAUUGCAACCACCUACCAUAGUCAUUACGAACAGUCCUUCCCUAAUCGCUAAUGAGACUUCAAGCCGGGUUGGUACACCACUCCUCCGUCCUUCUGCUUCCAUUUCUUCCACAUCUGCACCAAGACAUCUCUUGCCGGAACUUUUAACAAGAUCCUCCUCGAUGCCUCAUAGAAAAGUUUGAAAAUUUAGCCAAAAAGAAAAGAAAAGUGUGAAAAAGAUCGAGUUCAAUGACGACUAAUUUCUGUUAAUACACAUUCAGCAGGUUGUUAGUUGUAACAUGAUCCAUAGAGCAAAGAAAUUCACGUCUUAGCUUGUUGUAAAGGAAUAUGAAGCUUUGAACUGGCAGAUUGUGAUAUUGAUUGUAAAACGAGCCGUUUCUGUAAUCUGUAUUGUAGACAACUAUAUCCUUCACAGUGCUUGGGAAAACUAGUGAAUGGUAUUGAGAUUUUCUUAUUAUCUUAACUAUAUAUGAUGGCUCGAUCCUUUAUUGAUCCCUUGCAA